AUGAAGGCCAUCCAGGUCUCCCAAACCGGCGGCAUCGACGUCCUCGACUACAAGGACGUGCCGGUGCCCACCCCCAAGGAGGGCCAGGUCCUCGUCAAGAACGAGUUCGCAGGCGUCAACUUCAUCGACACCUACUUCCGCAGUGGCCUGUACAAGCUCGACCUCCCCGUCAUCCUCGGCAGCGAGGCCGCCGGCCAAGUCGUCUCGCACCACAAGGACGUGACAUCCUUCCCAGUCGGCACCAGAGUCGUGUACAUGGACUCGCAGGCCUACGCGCAGUACACGGCCGUCCCGGCGUCCAAGCUCAUCGCCAUCCCGGCCGGCCUGACGACGGAGCAGGCCGCCGCCGCCUUCCUGCAGGGCCUCACGGCGUGGACCUUCAUCCGCGAGGCCGGCAACGUCCAGCCCGGCCAGUGGGCGCUUGUGCACGCCGCCGCCGGCGGUGUCGGCCAGCUGCUCGUCCAGAUGCUCAGGAGCCUCGGCGCAAAGGUGAUUGGCACGGCCAGCACCCAGGAGAAGUGCGACCUGGCCAAGAAGCUCGGCGCCGAGUGGACGGUGAGCUCUAGGGACGACGUCGUGGCGCGGGUGAAUGAGAUUACGGGCGGGCACGGCGUGGAUGCCAUCUUUGACGGCGUGGGCAAGGCCACUUUUGACGCUGACUUGCAAAUGAUUGCUUUGAAGGGGCAUCUGGUGUCUUUUGGCAAUGCUUCUGGUCCGGUUCCUGAUUUCAGCAUCCUUCGCCUCUCAGACAAAAAUGUCACGCUUCUGCGACCAAAGGUUCACGGCUAUGUUUCCGAGAGGAAGGAUCUGGAAAAGUACUCUGCCGAGCUAUUUGACAAGCUCAUCUCCGGCCAGGUCAAGAUUGCCAUCCAUGACAUUUAUCCCCUGAAGGAAGUUGGGCGGGCUCACUCUGAUCUUGAGAGCCGCAAGACCAAGGGCAAGCUUCUUCUUAGUGUCGAGUAA